UGCAGCUAUGAUACUGCAGUGUGGAUGUGAGCCAGGGAAGGGGGCUUUGCUGUGAAAUAGAUUUUCUUUUUCGCCUGCUGCAACUGGGAGAACUUUUGUCGUCUGACUGACAGCAGAUCACACAAUCUCAAAGUUCAGCCCAGCUGACAUCACAAGCCGCUUGCUCCACAACCCCAGACUUGUCCUUGCAGGGACAUGCGAGAGGCUCUUCUGAAUUCUGUGUGCUGUUACUGGAUCACCUGGGCGCCGGGGUCACUGAGGCAGGGGUCGUCCCUAAGCCUCCAACGUAGAGACGAAUAAGCUUCCCCCCGCCGCUGCUGCUACUGAAUUGGCUGCACAGAAGGAGAACCCAAAAUUGCAGAGAUGGAUCUGAUCAGCAUGGCAGUCCUGAAGAGAGCCACGGAGAUGGAGCAGAUGGGGGAAAUACUCAUCAUUGGAGAACAGCUAAGGCUCCGACUGCAUGAAGAGAAGGUGAUAAAAGACAGAAGGCAUCAUCUGAAGACAUACCCCAACUGUUUUGUGGCCAGAGAAGUGACUGACUGGCUUAUCGAUAGGAAAGAAGCCUCCGAAAGGCCCGUUGCUAUAGAACUGAUGCAAAAAAUGAUUGACAACAAUAUUAUCCAUCAUGUGUGUGAUGAAUUCAAGGAUUUCAAAGAUGCCAAACUCUUCUACCGCUUCAGAAAGGAUGAUGGAACCUUCCCGCUAGACCAAGAAGUCAAGGUGUUCAUGCGAGGACAGCGUCUCUAUGAAAAGAUAAUGAACUCUGACUACUCUCUUCUACAAGCCAGGGAAGAGGAUGGAGUCAAAUACGAGCGCUCCUUUGUGGCCUCGGAGAUUGUUAAUUGGUUGAUCCAAGAACAAGAGGCCAAGUCCAGGAGUGAGGCGGAGCAGCUGUGUCGCCGUCUUCUGGAACACGCCAUAAUACAGCACGUGUCCAGCAAACACCACUUUAUGGACAGCGCUUUUCUCUACCAGUUUCGUUUGAACUUCAGGCGGAGGCGAAGAGUCAUGGAACUGCUGAUCAAGAGGCCGCAGACCGUUUUGGAGAGUCAGGACAGCCCGUUCUGCCUUCGGAAACAGAGUCAUGACAAGUCCACCAGCUUCCACUCUGUGAGCCCCAGCAGUGAAAUCAAGGUUGUGUCGUCGAUCCGGAGGAGCAGUAUGAGCAGCAGCAGUAGUAGCGGCUACUUCAGCAGCAGCCCCACACUCAGCAACAGCCCGCCUGUGGUACUCUGCAAUCCCAGGUCUGUUUUAAAGAGGCCGAUUACGCUGGAAGAGCUCCUGAGCCCUGGUGCACCGUACACAAGGAAAACCCUGACUAUUGUCAGUGAUGCGGUGGGAUGGGGAUUUGUGGUACGCGGAGAUAAACCGUGUCAUAUCCAAGCUGUGGAUCCUAGUGGACCGGCUGCUGCUGCAGGAAUGAAGAUCUGCCAGUUCGUGGUAUCCGUGAACGGCCUCAACGUUCUACAUUGUGACUUCAGAGCCGUCAGCAACCUCAUCCUUACCGGCCCGCGGACCAUUGUCAUGGAAGUGAUGGAGGAGGUGAACCCAUAAGCGCAGGAGGAUGUGGUACUUCAGACCCGUUCUCAAUCAACCAAAGCAAAAAAUAAAAGCGCUUCUCUGUUAUUCCGUGUCGGGAAAAUUGCCAGUUCCGUCCGGUUCAGUCCCUCCUGCCACCAUCCUUCAAUUUUGGUUUCCGAGCCUCCAAAAAAAAAAAACCUCCGCUGCUCCAAGGUGAAACUUGAAAAGAAACAUGAGAACUGGACUAUGUUGUUGUUUCUGAUGUUCUCACAAAGAAUAAGCUGUGCUAAUAUUCUCUAUGUACUGUAUGUAUCCUGUGUGUGAAAAUUGAAUAUAC